AUGGGUGAACACCUGGAGAGAAGAAGUGAACGAAAUCGGGCAGUACCCCCUUUAACGCAGAUUUUUAUUGGCCUAAGAUACCUUGCAACGGGUGAUUUUUACUCAGAAGUUGGGGACCUUCACGGCGUCAGUAAAAGCACAGUAUCAAGGGUGUUGGGCUCCUUUUUGGAUGUUCUUAAUGAACAACUUGACAACAUCAAGUUUCCCAUGAGCCCAGAAGAGCGUCAAGCCAUCAAGCUUGAAUUUUACCAAAAGUCAAGGAUUCCUGGGGUGAUUGGGGCCAUUGAUGGUACCCUUGUACCAAUAAUUGGCCCCCAUGAAAAUGAAGAGGUGUUCAGGAGUCGGAAAGGGUUCCAUGCACUGAACGUACAAGCAGUGGUGGACACCAAAACCAUUUUCAGAGAUGUUGUAUCCAGGUGGCCAGGUUCAGUGCAUGAUUCUGCUAUUUUCAAUAACUGUGGUUUGAAGCAGUAUCUUGAGACACAACAAGUAGGUUGUUUGUUGGGUGACAGUGGCUACGGGCUCAAGACAUUUCUUUUGACCCCAAAACUGAAUCCAAUUACCCAGCAAGAAGUGCGCUACAAUGCUGCUCAUAGGCGUGGCAGGGUGGUGGUAGAACGGGCCUUUGGAAUGCUUAAAUCCAGAUUUAGAUGCCUUCACAAGUCGGGGGGAUGCCUCCCAUUUCAACCUCAACGAGCUGCAAAAGUUGUUGUGGCCUGCAUGAGACUGCACAAUCUUUGUGUGCAGUUCAAUGUUGCAGUUCCACAGAUGAACGACACAGAGAAUGAUGAAAUUGAUGAUAAUAUUGUAGGAGAUGGAAUAGAUGUGAAUGCACAACAGGCUAGACAGCUGAUAAUUGAUAGAUUUUAA